AUGGGCGAACUCCGUCCUGCGCAAGUUCGGCGAUUGACUGUCCAUUGUCUCCUGCCAGCCAGUAGGUCUGAAGAGUCCAACAUGUUCACAGUGUACGAGGACAACUCGAACCAUCAACGAUCUUCUGAGCAGGUUCCGGAGAUUCACUCUUCCAAGAGGUGCAUGAAAAUAGAGCUACAAAGAAUUCGUGACCAUUGGACGGAUUUCUGUAAUGUUACUUCUGUCCACGGCGUUCGGUAUCUGGCAGCUUCAGACAGGCCUCUCAUCGAAAGAUUAUGGUGGGCUUCGGUACUGGUCACCUGCCUUUACUACGCCACUGUCUAUGCCACAGCCUUGUGUAAAAGGUGGUUGGACUCACCCAUUGAACAUACUUCUGUCAUCAAGUACGAAAACGUUAUUCAUAUACCACUUCCGGCGAUCACCUUUUGUAAUAACAUGAAAUCAACUUCAGAUGAAAAGUAA